GCUCGACCCAUUCCUUCAUUGGCCGACGGCAUAACGGCCAAGGGCCUGCGCCACCUGCACUAGCCUCCAAUGCUGGCUGCGCCACAUAUCGGCCCUCUGCCGAAUCCCGUGCGCGAUAAUGUUGAUGAUGGAUGUCCGUCCGAUUAUUGACGAACCGACGCAGCCCAGCAGCCACCGUGUGGAUUCAACGAAGACCCCCUACUGAUUACCUCGGUAUCGCCAUUUCAGGACGCUCCUCUCCUCCUCUGACAUCAUCAUCGUCUUCUUCUCUAUCCCGACCAUCCAAUCCGCACGGAACUCCCGGAGAUCCGCAUCGCAUCGCAUCAUGGCUCGCGCAGGAACCUGGGUGAAGAUGCUGGGGAGCGCCAUCAUCAUCUGUGUCGGCGGCCCGGCUUUCGUCGAGUAUAUCCGUCCCACGGACGAGGAAUUGUUCAAGCGCUACAACCCCGAUCUGCAGAAACGGAGUCUCGAGGAGGGCGAUCGGAGGGCUCGGGAGUUCGAUGAAUAUGUGACCCGCAUGAAGCAAUGGUCCAAGUCUGAUAAGUCCAUCUGGUAUGCCGCCAAGGAACAGGAGGAGCAGAAGCUACUGGCGGUUCAGACCCAGCAGGCCCAGGCCAAGGACGAUGCGAAGGUACAACGGGAGGAGAUGAGGAAGGAGCUGUUGGGUGAGAAAUAAGCUGCGCGGAAGAUGUCGAUGUUGGUGAACGGGAUUAUCGGCUUUCAUUGGGAUGGAGCCGUCGAGGCUCUGCUCGGUUGCUCGAUACCUGCUGAUUGAGAACUCCAUGAGGAAGACUCUACUUUCUCUUCUUGAUCCUGUUCUUGUACCCAUGUUGCGUCGGGGCAUCCAAAAGCAUCGCGUGUGGAAAUUAUCCGUUCCUGGAUUAUAUGGAGUUUCGGGGACUUUUAUCUAUUGUAUUAUAUAUCCAUGACUCUGAAUGAGAAAUCUACGCUUGUACGAUAUGGC